AUCACACUCCUAUUUCCUGCAACAUUGCAUGUUCUGAGCUCAUGGCCUUGUCUCUUGCCAGCCUGAGCUGAUAGCUGCACUUAAACUGCAUGCUUCUCUUCUCCCUCGCCUAUAAAUCCAUCAGUUCAGCACCAACACUUCCAUCAGUCCAUCUACAAGCUAAGUUUUGUUUACACCUAGCUGAAUACCACCUGAUACAAAGGUUCACUGAACUUUCAGAGAAGAAAGCAGGAGAAGCAACCAUGUUCAGUGCCAAGAGACUUGUUCAAAUGGCCAAGAAGUGGCAAAGAAUGGCAGCCCUCGCAAGGAAGCGACUCGCAUCAACGCCGGCCAAAGAAACCAAAGGAUCGUGCGGCACGUCGACGCCGGUGGCCGUCAAGGGCCACUGCGUCGUGUACUCGGCCGAUGGGAGGCGGUUCGAGGUUCCUUUGGCGUACCUCGGCACGGCGGUCUUCAGCGAGCUCCUGAGCAUGUCGCAGGAGGAGUUCGGGUUCGCCGGCAACGAUGGCAGGAUCACGCUACACUGUGAUGCUGCGUUGAUGGAGUACGUGAUUUGUUUGCUUAGGAAAGAGGCCUCUGAAGAGGUUGAAAGGGCGUUCCUGAGCUCCAUGGCGAGGCCUUGCCACUAUGGAAAUGGCUUGACGCAACCGAUGGGACUUAGCCAUCAAAUAGCUGUUUCUAGCUUCUAAAGAUUAGCCAGCAAAUUUUUUCCUCUUUGGCUAGCUCUUUUCCUUUCUUGCAUAAUGUAAAAUUGUAAAUACUCGUGGGAGAUUGGAAAUGGAACUCUGAAGACGUUUAAUCACAAAGAA